UGCGUGUAUGAUCAGUACGCGAAUGUACAACUCGGGCCUUGUUAAAGUAAAAAAGUAACAUCGUAAACAUCACUGUGUAAACAUGCCGAGCUCUUGUUGCAUUCCACAGUGUAAAAAUAUCACAAAAAAUGGAUUUCAUUUAUUUCGAUUUCCAUUAAAUCGCCCGGAUAUUUUACAACUGUGGAUUGCAGCAAUUGGAAGAGACAAUUUUAAACUUACAAAAUACAGCUUAAUAUGCAGUGCACAUUUUCAAGAAAAUGAUUUUAUGAAAAGACCCAAUGCAAGUGGUGUCCGGUUGAAUAAUCUUGCUGUGCCUUCAAUAUUUUGUGCUCCCAUUUCUGCGGAUGUAACUGCUUCUGCAAUUGAGACUCCGUCAAUUGAAUUCAAUACUACUCUUGCUUCUACAUCUGCUGUGGUGCCAGAAAUCAAAUGGAAAAGUAUUUUAAAACCAAAAGAAGAUAAUUCGAAAGAGAAUACAAGUACUUCUAAUACUACUAUCAAAAUGCACAUGCACAAAUCAAGAACAAUCAUGAGUAAUUCAUUGUUAAAAGUAAAGAAGAUGGAAAUGAGUCCACGGAAGAAAUUAAUGUGGAGGACAAUCAAAUCAUUAAAACAAAAACUGAAGAGAAAAGAAGACAAAAUCAGUUCUUUGAAAAAUUUAUUAAAAACUUUAAGGUAUGACAAGAAAGUAUAGUUCUAAAAUCCUAAAAUAACAUACAUAAGCUUGCAUAUUCAGCUAUUUUGUCAUACCAAGUAAAUUGAUUAAAUAAAGGCUAGUGUAAAUUGUAUAUAUACAGAUAAAUAUUGAACAAUUAAUGCAAAU